AUGCGCCGCCGUGUCGGGGUCGGUCACGUGCUGCAGGAGCGCCAGCAGCAGCAGCGCAUGGCAGAUCUCGGCGCUCAGAUUACAGCGGAGCGUGUGGGACAAAUCGAGGACCAGCUGGAGGAGCUCCAGGCACAGCUUAAAACGCUGGCUCAGAAUCACAAAUCGGACAUCACGGAAGACCCCGUAGUUCGUGCGCGGUUUCGCCAACUGGCUGACUCACUCGGCGUCGACCUGCUGUCAUCCAAGAAGAACGUGUUUGCCGACGCCCUUGGACUCGGCAACUUCUAUUACCAGCUUGCCAGUCGCACCGUCGAAGCGUGCAUGCGAGAGCGCAAGUUCUGCGGCGCUUACGUCCCGCUGCAGCGUGUCCAGUUCUUUGUGCAGAAGACAUACGACAACAGCUCGCUGCUGUGUGGCAAUGGGCAGAGCCGUCAUGUAUCGCCACACAGGGGUGGUAGCAGCGGCAGCAGCAGCGGGGGCGGCGGCAAGCGUGGCGGCCGUGACGAAGGCAAGCGGAUCGUCAUUUCCGAGGCCGACAUCCUGACGGCGCUUUCCAAACUCUCAGUGCUCGGUGUCGGCUUCAACGUGGUGAAGUUAGGUGGGAUACCCUAUAUCCAAACCACUCCAGACGGCGCACGUGGUGGAGACCAAGUGCUGCUCCUGAACUACGUUCUCGGGCUGCAGAAGGAGCAGAUAGAAAAGGCUAAGCGCACAGCCGUGCAAGAGCAAAGCAAGAGCAUGCCAACGUCGUCUGUAAACAACUCCUGGACAACGGCGGAGGGUGGAAGUAACCAACGCAACGGCGUAGGUGCCGUAUACGCCUUGGGCGCUCAUCCUUUUGCCUUUGAGAAAGACAAGAGCAGUCAAGCAAAUGACGCGUUGUCGUUCGCACAGCAAUGCGUGGCCGUGCGGGAGUCGGAGAUCGUAAGUGGGCUCCACUGGGAGGCGCAUCGCGCUCGGGCGGCAUUGAGGCGGAUGGUGCAGGAAGGCACGGCUUGGGUUGAGGAGUCGCAGGACAGACCCGGUGAUCGUGCCACCAAGACUGGUGCCCAGGGGGACUCCCCGGAAAAGUCGAAGGCUGUCCUCUCAUCUUUUGAAGAGGUGAAGGUGGUGUGGAAGGGCAAGCACAAGGGCACGACGGAGACAGCCGACAAGGAUGACGUUGUGUACUGGUUUGUGUCACUGACCUCGCAUGCGUGA